AUGGACCCCAAGAGCAUUGAAAGCAAGUCGGACCACGAGGUGGAGGAGUCUGAGAGUGAGCAUCUCAAGGACAAUACCGAUCGGACUGGGCGCGCCAUGCGCAUUACCUGGGAGGAGGAGUCCGCCGCUGCCGAGGGCAUGCGCUCCAUCUACUCGCCGCCUACCUUUGAGCGUUCUCGUUCGUUUGGGCGCACGCGUUCAAUGAGCCGCGAUAGCAACCGCAGCGGCUUCCAGAAUGCCGCGGCCGCCAAUGCUGGCAUCCCCAUCGAGUUUCGCACCCUCUCCAUCCAGGUCACCGAGUCCCAGACCAUUCCCAAGGAGGUGGCCACCGAAGCUCCGAAGAAAGAGAAGCAGCCCAAUGCCGACUACUUCGAGAGCCUCGACUUCCACAACCGGACAUCCGAGAAGCUCCUGCAGGAGUUCAACGUCGACCAGCGGACGGGGCUGAGCGACUCUGCCGCUGCUCUGCGCCUCCAACGCGAUGGCAGAAACGUCAUCAGCCACCACCGCGAGAACUACCUGAAAAAGAUCUUUUGGUAUGUCUUUGGUGGUUUCUGCUCCGUCCUGUGGGUAGGCGUCGUCAUUUUCUUCGUCUGCUGGAAACCUCUCAGCAACCCGCCCUCGCCCACCAACCUCGCCAUGGCCAUUCUGGUCAUUAUCGUCAUCACACUGCAGGCGAGCUUCUCUGCUUUCCAGGAUUGGUCGACCAAGCGCGUCAUGAACUCCAUUCUAGACUUGCUCCCCUCCGAAGCUCUGGUCUGGCGGGAAGGAAAGCAGAUCCGCCUUCCGGCGACGGAGCUUGUUGCCGGUGAUAUUGUUCAGAUCGUGGUUGGAAACAAGGUCCCAGCAGACAUGCGUCUGCUCCAGACCUCGGGCGACGUCCGCUUUGACCGCGCCAUUCUGACGGGCGAAGCGGAAGAGAUCGAGGGUGCUACCGAAAGCACCGAUGCCAACUUCCUCGAGACCCGCAACAUUGCCCUGAUGGGAACGCUCGUGACAAACGGCAACGCCAUCGGUGUCGUCGUUCUCACUGGAGGUAGCUCUGUCAUGGGACGUAUUGCCAAGAUCACAUCCGGAGUGAAGCCGAAAACGACUCUGAUCCAGAAGGAGAUCAAUCGUUUUGUGGCCAUCAUUAUCUGUCUCACGAUUGUCCUGGCCUUGACUAUCCUCCUUACCUGGGUGGGUUGGCUCCGCGUGGACCAUCCAACCUACAUGAGUGUGGUCGCCAUGCUGAACAACGUCAUGGGCUGUGUCGUCGCCUUCAUUCCCGAGGGAAUGCCUGUCGGUGUCGCGCUGACCCUUAUGAUGGUCGCUCGGCGCAUGAAGCAGUGCAACAUUCUGCCCAAGGGACUGUCCACCGUCGAGACGCUCGGUUGCGUUAACGUCAUUUGCUCUGACAAAACCGGAACCUUGACCCAAAACCGCAUGCAUGUCAAGUCGCUCGGCGCCGUGGACCAGGAGUACAACCUGGAAGACCUAUGCCCCGGCGAAUUCGGCACGACCGACGUCCCCGAAGGGCUCUGGAACCUGUUGCGCGCCUCGGUCCUCUGCAACGACGCUUUCUUCGACCCUGCCACAUUGAAUCUGCCAGUUCAUGACCGCACAGUGAACGGCAAUGCCACCGAUGCUGCCGUGCUGCGACUGGCUGACAGUGUAGGCGCCGCCUCGACCAAGAAUCUCGCACCCUACGAGCGUAUCCACCAGAUUCCGUUCAACUCGAAGAACAAAUGGAUGCUCACCAUGCACCAUGACCCCAAUUCGUCCAAGGGGUACCAGAUCUACGUCAAGGGUGCGCCCGAUGUGCUCCUGGACCGUUGCUCGGGCUACUGGUCUGCUGUCCACAACGAGAUCCGCCCGCUGGACGAAGAGGCCCGCCGGAAGUUCUCCGCGUUCCAGGCCAAGCUCUCCCGUCGUGCAGAGCGUGUCAUCGUACUUUGCCAGCGCCACUACGAGCCCAAGGCCGCGCCUGGCUCCAAUGACUUCAGUGACGAGAUCAUGGCCUCUGGCGUGCAGGACCUGACUGUUCUAGGUAUCUUCGGUAUCAUCGAUCCCCCUCGCGCGGAGACUGCUGAUACGGUGGCUGCGUGCCGGCGUGCGGGUAUUCGGUUCUUCAUGGUUACUGGUGAUUUCGGUCUUACUGCGUCGGCGAUUGCUCGUGAUAUUGGCAUCUAUGACGGAGCGGCUGAGCCCGACACCAUCGACGAUGUGCGGGCAUGCUCUUCUGAUGCAGCGAAAGAAAAGCUGCUGGAGGAAAAGACCCUUCGCUCGCGUCACAGCCUGCUGCUUGAAGGAUCUACUCUCUCCUCGUUGACAUCGGAGGCGUGGGAGAAUGUCUGCGGAUAUGACGAGAUUGUUUUCGCACGAACUAGUCCAGAACAGAAACUGAGGAUCGUGUCUGAGCUCCAAAGCCGUGGCAACUUUGUCGCUGUGACGGGUGAUGGCGUGAACGACGCCCCUGCGCUGCGGGCAGCGGAUGUGGGCAUUGCCAUCGGUGGCGGCAGCGACGUCGCCAUCGAGGCCGCUGACCUGGUGCUACUGGACCGAUUCGAUUCGAUUGUCGAAGCCAUCCGCCUCGGCAGGCUGGUCUUCCAAAACCUACAGAAGGUCAUCGCCUACCUGUUGCCAGCCGGUAGUUGGUCCGAGAUCUGGCCUGUGAUCCUGAAUGUCUUCUUCGGUGUUCCGCUACCACUCAGCUCAUUCCUCAUGAUCAUCAUCUGCGUGUUCACGGAUCUCUUCUUGUCCCUGUCCCUGAUCAUGGAAAAAGAAGAAUACGACCUCCUUAGCCUGCCACCACGCCGCCCUCGCAAAGACCACCUAAUCAACCUUCGCAUCUAUGCCCAGGCCUACGGCUUCAUCGGCGUCAUGGAAACAAUCUGCGCCCACUCCAUGUUCUUCCUCUACAUGUACCGCAAAGCCGGCAUCCCGAUCUCUUCCCUCUUCUUCGCCUUCCAGAGCUACUCCGCCGGCUUCUACGGCUACACCGAGGACCAGCUCACGCACUUCAACAACACGGGCCAGUGCGUAUACUUCGUGACGCUUGUCAUCCUGCAAUGGGGCAACAUCCUCUCCGUCCGCAGCAAGCGCAUGUCUCUCUUACAAGCCGACCCUAUCCGUCCUGCACGCCGCAACCCAUGGCUUCCCCUCGCCAUGCUCAUUUCCCUCUGCAUCGCCAUCUUCGUCACGGAAGUCCCCGGCCUGCAGAAGCUCUUCGGAACCGCCUCCGUUCCUAUUGAGUUCUGGCUCAUCCCGCUCGGUCUGGCACUGGGUAUUCUUUGUAUGGAUGAGCUGCGCAAGGUGGUCGUUCGUCUGUUUCCUAAGGGCCCUAUUGCUUACAUCUCGUGGUAA